CUCUCACUCUCGAUCUCAAACCAUCCAAGAUGAUCAAAUCAACUCAAUCUCAACUCUUAUCAAUCUCAAUUCCAAUCCUAAUCACCUUAAUCAGAUUCACAAGCUCAUCAUCAUCUUCAAACAUAAACCAUACACCAGAAGCUCAACAUUUAGAAAACGGUAAUAUCAAAAAUAGACUUAUUAAAGGUAUCACUGAACCUACGAUUCCGAUUCGUAGUCAUUCGAUUUAUGCUCCUUACGUGGAUUCAGAUCUACAAAACAGAUGGUUCGAUUUCGGAGGUUCAACAAUCAUAGACACGAACAAACAAAUCAGAUUAACCCAAGACAGAUCAUCCCAAGCCGGAUUCCUAUGGUCAAGACAGCCCAUAGCACAAACGAAUUUCCAAAUCGAAAUCGAAUUUAAAAUCGAUGGAAAAUCUUCUACUGUCUUUGGUGAUGGAAUGGCUAUUUGGUUAACUCAAUCUUCUACUCAUCUCGGUCCUGUCUUUGGUGCUGCUGAUCAUUGGACUGGUUUAGGGAUCUUUAUAGAUACUUUUCCAAACUCUCGUCACUCCUAUUCGUUUCCAAGAAUCAUAGGAAUGACGAAUAAUGGAUAUAUGAGUUAUGAUGUAAGAAAAGAUGGAGACGGUCAAGAAUCCGGUGCAUGUUCUUUAUCAAUCAGAAGAUCAGAUGUGGCCAGUAAAUUAAGGAUCAGUUAUGUUCAAUCUAAAUUCUUAGAAGUUUUGGUUCAUCAUGAGAAAUGGGAUGAAUGGAAUCAUUGUUUUACGAUUGAAAAUUAUUCGUUACCUGAUAAACCUAUCCUAGGUUUCACAGCUCAUACAGGGGAAGUAAGUGACGCACAUGACAUAGUCUCAGUUUCGUCUACCGGAAUCGUUUAUCAUCCACCAGAAGAUUUAAACAACCCAUCUAAAAAGAAACCAGCUUGGUCAAACCAUGACGAAGGGAACCGAUCGGGUGGUGGGAUCGGAUCGGGUAGGAUGGGCUUAGGUGCUCAGAUCCUGACGGUUUUUGCUUGGAUUAUUAAGUGGGGCACUUUACUUGGAUUGAUUGGAUUGGUUGGGUUUGGGGCAAAGAAGUAUUUUAAUAAGUAUCAAAAGGAAUCUUUGAAGAGGUUUUGAAAUUCAAGAUGAGAAGAGAGUUUGGUUGGAAAUUGAAUUGAAUUGCAUGAUGAUGAUGAUGAUGAUGAUGAUGAUGAUGAAUGAGAGAAGAAGAACAAACAAAACGAAAUGAAAUGAAGAGAUCAAAGUAUAAGAUGAACUUGAUCAAUUAAGGAAGAUUAAAGGGAAGAAACAGAUGAACAUGUUGUUGAUUGUUUCAAAAAGUUUGUAAAGAGAAAAAUUAGGAAAGAAAAAUGAUGAUUUCAUGGGAAAAAAAGUGACAUUUGUUUUGUUUUUGUGUGUGUGUGUUAGUGUUCUGAAAUUUGACAGAUGUGAAAAUUGCAUAGUAAC